AUGCAGGAUUACCAUAAUUCAUGUACAAAAGCAUUUGGAAAGUACCUGAACUCUCCUAUGCAAGCUUUCUGUAACAGUCAUGGGGGUAAUGGAUUUUUAAAAUUCCAAGACUCUGAAGAAAUUACCAAUGUUGAACUUGCAGAUGCUUUUGAGCAAAUGUGGCAGAAAAGAAGGUACAAUGAGUUGCUUUUUAUAAUUGACACAUGCCAAGGGGCAUCCAUGUAUGAAAGAUUCUAUUCUCCUAAUAUAAUGGCCUUGGCUAGUAGCCAGGUUGGUGAAGACUCUCUUUCGCACCAGCCUGAUCUUGGAAUUGGUGUUCAUCUGAUGGACCGAUAUACUUAUUACCUGUUGGAGUUUUUGGAAGGAAUUCAUCCAGCCAGUCAAGCUAACAUGAAUGAUUUGUUUCAGGUAUGUCCAAGCAGUUUGUGUGUUUCUACUCCUGGACACCGAAUCGAUCUUUUCCAGAGAAAUCCAGGAAGUGUACUUAUCACAGACUUCUUUGGAAGUGUGAGAAAGGUGGAGAUUACAACUGAGACCCUGAAACUUCAUGCAGUCUCAGAAGAUAAAAGUUUAAGAUCCCUUAAUAAAGAGAUAUCAAGUGAACCAUUAAAAUACAUGGAGCAGCUACCUGUGGCAGAAAUAAUUCAUCAGAAACCCAAACCAAAAGAAUGGCACCCACCGAGUGGUUUUAUUCUUGGAAUGUGGUCAUUAAUCCUUUUGGUUUUCUUUAAAACAUAUGGAAUCAAACAUAUGAAACAUAUAUUUUAAGGGCACUUCUAAUGAUUUUUGUAGCACUGGUGAACUGUGUUCUGUCUGUAAAUAAUUUCAACCAUUGCAGUGUGCUGCACCAUGUGUUUUAUGUUUACUACAGUAUGUUGACAUUAUUUAUUGUGUUUGCUUCUGGCACACUGUUGUACUUUCUUCUAAGUAAGCUUCCUGAGUAAAGGUGAACAGUCUGCGGUACUUCAAUACUUUUGCUGUAAUCUUAGAUCUCAGUUGUCACAGAUCUUGCUCUGUACUUUGUAAAAUUUGUGAUAAGAAGAAUUGGAUUGGGUAACACUAGGGUGUAUCCAUUCUGUGUAGUUUCGCAUAGAUGUUGCAUGUCAGUUCUCUGGGCUCCUGGUUGCAUGGCUCCAUUCACUCAAAUCAGUGCUCCUGCACCUCAAUUAUCUAUGGUUCUUUCCAGUUGUUUACGUCACAAAAAUCUUCUCCUAGCAUUAGUUAUUGGAAAGUUUUAGUAUUCAUUGAUAAACUGAUUUUGUCAGUCAUCGCAUAAAUCAGUACCCUCACAGGGUACUUUUUGCAUAAGACUAUGGUAUAUCAUCAGCAUUUGUAACCAGUGCCAGGCCUGUUCAGAAACUUGACAGUGCUGUUGAUAGAAAGAACCUCAGAGCCUACUUACUAGCCUUGUAUUUGCCAUUGAUAGACAUCCCCCUGUAAAGUCAUCCAGAAGAUCAUAAAGGAUCCCUGACAGGAUCACUGUAAGCAAGAGCUAAAGGACCCGAAGGGCAUGACUAAGGCAUCUAUGCCUUGCUACUUCUCAAAGUCCAUAUUUACUGUGAUGGUUACUGGUCUGUCAGUGCAAUUUGUUAUCCUGUCAAAAACGUUAUUGUUCAUCUCAGUGAUUUUUGUAUGUGUAAGAUGGUGGAAAGAGAAGCUCUGUACACCUGACUCCCAUCUCUCUCUCUCUUUCUCUCCUUCUGUCUAGUAGUCAGCAGACACAAAAUGUUUGCAGAACAUAACUGAAAUUUAGAAAGCAUUUCCCAUCACCUUUGCAUGUGCUUGUCAUCCAGCCGUCUAUCAGCUGGUACGUGAGCUACAGAGCAGUGCCGCUACCAUACCCUCCAUUAUGGACAGGCCUGCAUCAGCUGCUCACUUCCAUUCCUCCCAGCCUGACUCCUCCCGUCACUUGGUCCACUACUCAUGCUGGGUUGGCUGAGACAUGGUCUGAGCAAAAAUGUCUUUGCACUAUGGAACCAGCUCAGAAAUAAGACAUUCUUUGGGGGGGGGGGGUUCCUGUGCUUUUGGGGUAUUUUGCUUUGAGUUCUUUUUUUUCACUUGAAGGCUCCAGCUCCCUAGUUUGGGUUUUAGAGUAUUGCUAGUAAUUCUGAAGUGCUGCCAGCUGUUAAGAAUCUGUCAGAGGGAAAUGUCUUUCUUACAGUAUCAUUUGAUCGUUGAGAAGGCCUUUAACAGUGAGUUUCUUUUCCUACUUUCAUCUCAUUUUUUCUAAUUGUGUGCCUGAUCCAACAAACUUAAUCAUUCAGCAUAGCAUUUUGUAAGCAAAGAAACAAUGUUGUAAAAUUGUCCUUUUUCAGGUAUUUUUACUAUUUUGCAUAUUAAAGUGCAUGUACAGUUAGAAUAUUAUUCCAGACACAUGCACAAAGCAAUCAGCUUAUUCCCUCCCCUCAGCCUGCUGCAGCCUUCAAAACGGCAAUCUCUUUAAAAUAAACUGGUUUCAAAAAAGUCACCUGUGGCUAUUAAUGGGAAAUGUAGUUGGCACUGCUUGACUCCAAAUGGAGAAAACAGCCUUUUCACAGAUGAGGGAAAAAAAAGAUGAUUUUGUUUAAUAAAUUACUUAGCUUCAUUUGCACAACUCAGUAACCAGAUCCGCAGAGCAAUUUUUAAUGCAAGAUUUGUAACUGUUUGGUAUGUGAGGCAAACAUUUCCCUACAAAUGUUUUAAUUUGGGCAGCACCAAUAGACAAGUUGCAAGUAACUUGAUGCUCACAAUUAUAACAUCAGCUCUUAGAUGUUAUACAACCCGGUUAUGAGUAAGCCAUUUGAAGAAAAAAAUCUUAGUUUGAAUAAUGUAAAUCUUAUUAACUUUCUGUAUGGCCUCCAGGUUGCAAAAAGUGUUUUACUUAAAUUCCUUAAUUCUUUAUUCCAUGUAUAUAUUAAAUGUGUAAUGUUCAUGUGAUUAUUUGAUCUAAAUCAAUUAAAAUAAUGAGACAAAAGGCUUUUAACUGAGAGAUACUUUUUCGUUUGAGGACUAUCUGAGGGAAGCCGCUCAGACAUUUUCUUAACUUUGUUAUAUUCAAAACGUCCAGUUGUAGUAUUAACAGUGAAUAAAAGUUUUUCUAGUCCAA